AUGGAAUCAUCCGCGUCCGGUUCAGGAGAAUCGCAAACUCAAAAAAGAAGUGUUAUUUGGAUGCAUUUCACCAAUAUAUUGGAAGCUAAUGCAAAGUCUAAUCUUUGUAAAAAUAUUUAUUCGCAUAAAAAUGGAAACAUUAGCAAUUUAAGGAAGCAUUUGAAAACUAAACAUCCGACUCUUUCAUUGGAAGGAGAAAGGGCAAAACGGCGGGUGGAAGACGAAAAUAUGCCUAGGUGCAAAAAGAACUUAGUUUCAGAUUCAUAG